AUGGAGGAGGAGGCUGCGAGGAAGAUGCCCUGGGACCCCGAGGCAGAGCAGGAGCUGAGGAUGGAGAGCAGGAAGGACAAAUCCCUGCAGCAGAACCUCAUGGAAGAAGCGAUUUUGAGCAACUCCACAGCACAGGAAUCCAACAGGGAGGAAAAUCCCUGGAGAUCUCACAGGAGGAGGGGCUGCAAGCCCAGCCCAGGAUGCUCUGAGGAGGAAAGACCCACUCUGGGCCAGGAAGGUGGGCAGAGCUUCAGCCAGAGCUCGGAGCUGGUGGUCCCUGAGAAGCUUCCAGAUGGGGAGAAGCCCUACAAGUGCUUGGUGUGUGGGAAGAGCUUCAGGCAGAGCAACAAUCUAAAAUUACACCAGAUGAUCCACACCAGGGUAUGGCCCUACGAGUGUGGGGAGUGUGGGAAGGGAUUCAGCUGCAAAUCCCACCUUGUCAGGCACUUACACAUCCACACUGGGGAGAGGCCCUACAAGUGUGGGGAGUGUGGGAAGGGAUUCAGCUCCAACUCUCACCUUGUCAGACACCAAUGCAUCCACACCGGGGAAUGGCUCUUUGAUUGUGGGGAAUGUGGGAAGGGCUUCAGCUGGAGUUCCGACCUCAUCAUCCACCAACGCAUCCACACUGGGGACAGGCCCUACGAGUGUCCUGAGUGUCAGAAGAGGUUUCACAGCAGCUCCGGUCUCCUCAGACACCAGCGGAUUCACAUGGAUGAGAGGCCUUUCCGCUGCCCUGACUGUGGCAAGGGCUUCAAGCACAAGUGCAACCUUGUCAGGCACCGGCGCAUCCACACCAGGGAGAGGCCCUAUGGGUGUCCCCAGUGUGGGAAGGCCUUUACCCGGAGCUCUGAAUUGACCAAACACCAACGGAGCCACCGGUAA